AUGACAUUAAGGAAAGUGAACAUUUCCAUCCUUAUAGUGGCUGUUGUAAUAUUUUUGCUAGUUCUUCAUCAUAACUUCCUAGGCCUCAGUGACUUUUUGAAGCGGGAAUUGUCAGAUUCAAAUCCAUUAGGACUUCAGCCUAUUGAUUUCAUACCUGCAGUUCCCCAGAGACUGGCAGAUGAAAGGAAUGAUAAGGAGAUUUCUGUGGUCAUUGCAGCAUCAGAUGAGAGGCUUGGGGGUGCAAUUGCAGCAAUGAACAGUAUUUACCAUAACACCAGAUCCAACGUGGUUUUCCAUAUUGUUACUUUGAAUGAUACAGUGGAUCACUUGAGGCUGUGGCUGAGUAACACUGCUCUGAAAAAUUUGAGAUACCGAAUUUUGGAUUUUGACCCUCGUGUCUUAGAAGGGAAAGUACUAAUGGAUCCUCAAAAGCCAGAUACCUUAAAACCAUUAACCUUUGCAAGAUUCUACUUGCCCAAUUUGGUACCUCAUGCAGAGAAGGCCAUCUAUGUGGAUGAUGAUAUAAUAGUGCAAGAUGAUAUUCUUGAACUUUACAACACUCCAUUGAAACCUGGACAUGCAGCUGCAUUUUCAGAUGAUUGUGACUCAACCACUAAUAAAGUUGCUGUCCGUGGAGCUGGCAAUCAGUAUAAUUACAUUGGGUAUCUAGAUUACAAAAAAGAAACUAUCCGAAAGCUUGCCAUGAAAGCCAACACCUGCUCUUUCAAUCCAGGAGUUUUUGUUGCCAAUUUGACAGAAUGGAAAUUGCAGAACAUCACUAAGCAAUUGGAGAAGUGGAUGGCACUUAAUGUAGCAGAGGAACUUUACAGUAGGACUCUGGCUGGCAGCAUCACAACACCUCCACUGCUAAUUGUAUUUUACAAGCAACAUUCCAGUAUUGACCCCAUGUGGAAUGUCCGGCACCUCGGGUCUAGUGCUGGAAAAAGGUACUCUCCUCAGUUUGUGAAAGCUGCCAAGCUCCUUCAUUGGAAUGGACAUUUCAAACCAUGGGGAAGAACAGCUUCAUACCCUGAAGUCUGGGAGAAGUGGUAUAUCCCUGACCCUACAGGCAAGUUCAGCCUGAUCCGCAGACAUGCAGAAGCCUAUGAAGCAAAGUAGAGUCGGUUUUAAUAACUGAUGGCAUUUUCUCAGGAAACUUCUGGAGCCAAGCAGAACUUUGGUUAGGCAACUUGUAUUACAGAGCAGUCCUUGCCUUCUGGAGCACAAGGUGAUGCACUUAUUCAGGUGCAGUUCUGAAGUGCACAAGUCCAAAGGAGACUCACUUCACUUGUGUGACAGAAGAUGCUACUCCAGCAG